AUGGAUAUGCCGGAUGUGACUCCAUUUCCAGAAUGGGUAUCCUGUGUUGAUAUUCCAAAUAUGAUGCAGUUCAACCAAACGAACGUUCCCGACGAAGCAUCAGUACAAGUGAAUAAACCCAUGGAACAAAUAUACAACAAUCAAGUGCUGCUACAAAAUUGCUUGCCCUUUCCCGACUGUCCUGCAUGUUGGGACACACUGCUACACAGACAAAGUAUGGAGGAAUUUGAACAACAGACUAAGGAAACUAUGAACAACCUGUAUUCCAAACGUCACCGCUCCUCGGGAAUGCCAAUAUUGACCAAUCGAAGAGAUCUGAACCGAGAAAGAGAGCGCAAAAGGCAGGCGCGUCUGAAGAGAGCGUUUAACGUGCUUCGCAGCGUAAUACCAGAUUACUUUUCCGAGAGAGAGCCCGGAGACAGGCUGUCAAGAAUCCAAACUCUAAGACUGGCAAAGAAGUACAUCGCUACAUUACAUGAAUUGUUAGAGACAUGUUAG